UUGCGGAUUUGCUCUGACGCCAUGGGCGACCGCGUUCCAGCUCCCCCGGGUGUGGUGGAUGAAUGUAUCGACCCCAGCCUGUUGACACUGCACUCGCUGCACAUGGACGUUCAAUCGGUAUCCACGCCAGACCACGUGGACUUCGAUGACUGUGGCACUGUCGAAGAUGGCGGCUCGGCUCGUUCUCCAUCCACCGUCAAUUCGCCGUCCACUUCGUCAGACUUCUCGUCGUACGCCGGAAGCACUGCCGAAAGCCCCAGUGACGUCGGCUUCUUCCCUGCGGGAAUAGAGCAAGACUCGCCGGCUGUUGCACAAAGCCCUACAGGUAACACCAUGCACGGCAUUCCACCUGCGCAGCAUAGGGCCGUCCAAGAGAUGGCCAUGCCAGCCAAUGAGUUUGCUGCUCUCCUAGAUGGCUAUGCCAGAGCCUACAACCAGGCGCAACUCGAUAUGAUUCAGGCGUAUGACUUCAACAACACCAUGCACUCUAUCCCAAACCCCCCAGCGAUCAUGAUGCAAAGCAAUGGCAAUCCUAGCUCCGAGACUUAGUGGACGAGCGAUUCUAUCCAGAACUCACACAUGCUGGUCCGGCCGUCUAUCCACGCCCGUGGGUUGGCUUUACCGCAACGCUGUGGGGGAUUCCCAAUGCAACAGCAUCAUGAUCAAUUGAAGGGGGGUGAAUAUGUGUGUGAUGGGAAGGCACUUUUCACACUUGGAAACGAACAACAAAACGCACCGGACUCGUCAUUCAUUCAGCAGCAGGGGCAGUCGUUCUUUCAAUAUCCGCCAAUCAUUCCACAGGAACCGCUCAUUCAGGGUUGUUACAACCCGCAACUUACCAACGCCACACUGACUACAGCCAUCUCACCAGAGACACCGAUGGCCUUUACGACACCUAUGAACGGUGCCUGGUCAUCAGGUGCUCAAUACCCACCCCCUCAAUUCCUCCCAUCACCCACUUCCCUUUCAUCACCUUCAUACCCAACACCAUCGUCCAUCUACUACACCCGCCCCCCAUCCCCAACCUCACCAAUCAACCAUACCUCAUCAGCUCCCUCUCCUUCACCAUCCACAUCCUCCACGUUCUCUUCCCGCUCCGCUUCCAGCUCCUCCUCCAGCAGCCGAAAAUCCCCUGAGAAGAAACCCUGCGAAGCCCCCGUCGACGGCCGCUACGGUAAAUGCACCUACAAAGGCCACUCCAAAGAACUCAAGAAACACUACCGCACCCAUCACAAAAAGUAUGCCGAGGAAAUCGGCAUUUUGCUGGACCCGUUCGAGUGUGACGAUUGUAAGACGUCGUUUGUGCGAAAGGAUUUCUUGGCACGGCAUCAGCGUGUUCAGAGGGGAAAGACGAUGUCGGCUUGUGAGCGGGCGAUGAAGAACAAGAAGGGGAAGGGGAGGGUAUGAUACGGGAAAGUGAGAGGGAGGGGAGGGGGAUUGGAUAUGGUGGAAGGGAACAGGGGGAUUAGAUGAUACCUAUAGGUACAUAGGUACAUACCUACCUCAGGUAAAGGAGGGUAUGGGAUGAGAAUCGCGGAGGGGGUAUAGGUGGGUGUGCCGGCCUGGAAAGGCUGGAGGGAGGAAUGAGGUGGAAAAAAAGAAAGGCCGGUGGACUUUUGCUGGAAUAUGCAGUCUACCGGCUUUCAUAGCGGGUUUCUCAGGUGGUGGCUCAUGAGUUCAUGUGUACAAAGGUUAUGGUGUGGUUCUUGUUCUAACUCCAAAGCGGUUCUAUGUCAGUCUAUGGUUUUUCUGUUUUCGGUUGCUUCUUUGAUAUCAAAGUUUCCAGGUUGUCUCAUGGUCGGUUUAUGAUUCUUGUUUCAUCUCGUACUACUUUCCUACCUCUACAUUUUACUAGUCUUCAUGUUUUGGUCUUUGUGUUUUUCUUGGUAUGUGUGUUCGGUCUCAUAGGUUAGGUACCCAACAACAAACUGUUCUUCACACGAUAAUAUAGACGCUGAGAUCGGGUAGGUGAAGCAGGACGAAGCUAACUUGGGCUUGGUCCUGCUUUCUUACCUACUUGAUUCACAGCGUCUAUACUAUCAUGGGUUGAGCGGGUUGUUGCAUGUUGGCGAGUUAUGUUACGAAUUAACGACCGUUUUAAAUCUGAAUUUUUUUCCAGUAUUUCUUACACAUUCUCCUACAAUUCUUCAUAUAACCGGCUACGAUGCUCUAUCGAAUUCUUAAACAAUAGAUGUGAUUCGGGCCCUCCA